CCGGCUUCCCCGCCAGGAUCCCGCCAGGAUCCCGCCAGGAUCCCGCCAGGGAGGCGGCACGGCGGGCAGAGGUGAACUCAGGGCGCAGCGAGGGCUCCUCGCCCAACACGGGCGGCCUCGCUCGAGAUGCCAAGGUGCUCGCCCGUGUUGCAGGGGGCCGUGGAGCCUAUGCAGAUCGAUGUGGACCCCCAGGAGGACCCGCAGAAUGCACCCGAUGUCAACUACGUGGUGGAGAACCCCACCCUGGAUCUGGAGCAGUACGCGGCCAGCUACAGCGGGCUUAUGCGCAUCGAACGGCUGCAGUUCAUUGCUGACCACUGCCCCCCGCUGCGGGCCGAGGCCCUGAAGAUGGCCCUGUCCUUUGUGCAGAGGACCUUCAAUGUGGACAUGUACGAGGAGAUCCACCGGAAGCUCUCAGAGGCCACCAGGGAGCUGCAGAACGCGCCUGACACCAUCCCCGACAGUGGCGUGGAGCCGCCACCCCUCGACACUGCCUGGGUGGAGGCCACACGGAAGAAGGCCCUGCUGAAGCUGGAGAAACUGGACACGGACCUCAAGAACUACAAGGGCAACUCCAUCAAGGAGAGUAUCAGGCGCGGCCAUGAUGACCUGGGUGACCACUAUCUUGACUGUGGGGACCUCAGCAAUGCCCUCAAGUGCUACUCCCGGGCACGGGACUACUGCACCAGCGCCAAGCACGUCAUCAACAUGUGCCUCAAUGUCAUCAAGGUCAGCGUCUACUUGCAGAACUGGUCUCACGUGCUGAGCUACGUCAGCAAGGCCGAGUCCACUCCUGAGAUAGCCGAGCGUGGGGAGCGGGACAGCCAGACCCAGGCCAUCCUCACCAAGCUCAAGUGUGCCGCAGGCCUGGCUGAGCUGGCUGCUCGAAAAUACAAGCAGGCCGCCAAAUGCUUUUUGCUGGCUUCAUUCGACCACUGUGAUUUCCCCGAGCUGCUUUCCCCCAGCAACGUGGCCAUCUAUGGCGGCCUGUGUGCCCUGGCCACCUUUGACCGCCAGGAACUGCAGCGCAAUGUCAUCUCCAGCAGCUCCUUCAAGUUAUUCUUGGAGCUGGAGCCCCAGGUCCGGGACAUCAUCUUUAAAUUCUACGAGUCCAAGUAUGCCUCGUGCCUGAAGAUGCUGGAUGAGAUGAAGGACAACCUGCUCUUGGACAUGUACCUGGCUCCCCACGUUAGGACCCUCUAUACUCAGAUCCGCAACCGCGCCCUCAUCCAGUACUUCAGCCCUUACGUGUCGGCUGACAUGCACAAGAUGGCAGCGGCCUUCAACACCACGGUGGCGGCCCUGGAGGACGAGCUGACGCACCUCAUCCUGGAGGGGCUCAUCAACGCCCGCAUCGACUCCCACAGCAAGAUCCUGUAUGCCAGGGAUGUGGACCAGCGCAGUACCACGUUUGAGAAGUCCCUGCUCAUGGGGAAGGAGUUCCAGCGACGCGCCACAGCCAUGAUCCUGCGAGCGGCCGUGCUGCGCAACCAGAUCCACGUCAAGUCCCCUCCCCGCGAAGGGAGCCAAGGGGAGCUGACGCCGGCCAACAGCCAGUCUCGGAUGAGCACCAACAUGUGAGGGCCCCUGGUGGCCCCCAGGAUGGUCUGCGUGCCAGCCCUCUCCCCUCCCCUCCAGACUUGGACAUGUGGGCCUCCCAGCGCUCUUGUGACACUUCCAGAGGUUCCUGCUGGGGCCCCCCCAGCUGGGGUUCCACAUCCAGCUUCUUAUGCUCCCUCUACUCUUGUGCCCUGUGCGGGGGAGGGUCAAGGCCCUUUCUGGAAGGAAAGGCCUGGAGGGCACACCUGUGUGGCACCCAGAGCCCCACCUGGCAGCACUGCAUCCCCACCCCCCGCAGCUGAUCCCGCUCUGUCGAUUAAAGAGUAGCCUGAGAACACA